AUGGACCCAAACGAGGAAGUCAGCCUUGAAGAGCGUUUGAAAUCCGCUCUUUGGCUUUCCAUUGGCAAGAUUGUUGACGAGGAAACCAUCAAGCUCGGAGUCAACGCUACUCCUCAGUUCAUUGGAGCGUUGACAGAAAUGGUCUGGGCUCAAAUAGAAACUGUUAGCCAAGAUCUGGAGUUCUUUGCCAAGCAUGCCGGCCGCUCUACGAUCAAUGUCUCUGAUGUGAUGUUGCUUGCGCGCCGCAAUGAAGGGCUAGAAUCAAUUCUUCGAGCUUUCGUUGAUCAGCAGCGAGAAGGGGAGUCGUAA